UAUCAUACGUUUCGAUAUAUAGAUAUUAGAGGCGCAUCUUCUGGCGCGGUGCUUGUGCAGCAAUUCCCUUCUCAAAUUUGUGACCGACUGCAUUCCACAGAGUUUGAACCCAUGUCUUGAAUCCAACAGUCAUCACAGAAUAAAAGGGAGUUGGGCAGAUAGAGUGGGUUGAUUACUGACAGUCGUACGCCUCUUCUCAUUGGCUACCAGGGACUGGCCUAGCACCAUCAACUACUAGCACCUUGACAUCACUGUUUUCCGAAUCCCGUCCCAUGUCGAAUGAUUCCAACCAGCAGCCCUUUAAACACCAUUGAUCACUUUUGUUGCGGGCUUCUACCUUUCUCCCCUCGCCAAUAGUCAUUCGACAACCGGAAUUGAUGGCAUGAUGCGGAAACACGCGAGCUUGACCAAGGAUGAGGAGACCAACGCAGCGGCGUGGGAAGCUGUACGAGGCGCUGGUUGGGGUGCUUUCAAGUGGGGUACUUUCUCCGUUGUAGCUGGCGGCGUCGCGUACGCACUUUCGCCCAUAUAUCGCGGUCUCACGAUACAGUUUAAAAUCUAUAUCCAAAUGUCCGGAAUGAUCCUGGGGUCCAUGAUUGAAGCUGACAAGCGCAUGGUUGGGUACGAGCAUAUGAUACGACACCAGAAAAGGUUAGCAAGGGAUAUGGAGGUGUGGAGGAAGUAUGAGGAGGAAUUUGAAAAUAAGGGAACGCCUGGGGUUGGUUCGGAGAGUGAGGUGACGAGGAAAGAGCCUUAGGUGUGAGGAGAGAACUGAGCAUCUUUUCGGAGCUGGACUUUGUACGAUACGGUUUUU